AGAGAAAGAGCCUGAAGAAAGGGAGCGGAGAAGACAGACGACAGGAGGCGAAGGCUGACACACAAUCAAAACCCCACAAGAAAAAUGCCCAAUUUUGAAGGCACCUGGAAAAUGAAAAGCAGCGAGAAUUUCGAAGAGUUGCUCAAAGCUCUUGGUGUGAAUGCCAUGCUGAGGAAGGUAGCAGUGGCGGCUGCGUCCAAGCCCCACGUGGAGAUAAAGCAAAAUGGCGAGCAGUUCUACAUCAAGACUUCUACCACUGUCCGCACCACGGAGAUCAACUUCCUCAUUGGAGAGGAGUUUAAUGAAGAGACAGUGGAUGGGAGAAAGUGUAAGAGUUUGGCCACUUGGGAGGCAGAAAACAAGAUUUACUGCAAACAGACUCUACUGAGUGGGAACGGCCCGAAGACCUUCUGGAGCCGGGAACUCAAAGGGGAUGAACUCAUACUGAUCUUUGGAGCUGAUGAUGUGGUGUGCACACGGAUCUACCUACGAGCAUAGCUGAAAUCAUUCCACCAACAAAUAAUCUUUCACUGUUUGAAGUGUCAGUGUCCGAAAUUUUACAGAAAAAUCAACUAAUCACAUAAUCUGUUUUGACAUUCAGUGUUUUGCAUCUUCAUGAAAAUCAGUUACAGCUGAAUCCGUUUCGUCCACCUUUUUGUAUAGAAUUGUUCAAGCAUUGGCAAAUAAAAGAUGCAAUUAUGAUUUAAUUUGCUUUAGAUUUCGGAAAGGUAUAAAAGACAAAGGUGACUAAAGCAGCAGUAGUUGUCUGCAUGCUAAGUAUUGCAGAUAUCUCCUGAUUAAGAACUUGCUGGUUAAAACAUCCAGUCAAAGCUUUCAGUGUGCAAACUGCAGACCUUUAAAAAUAAUAAAAAUUGCCCAUAUCAUACAAACACGAUGGCAGAAAUGAAGAAAUAAGUGGUCAACUGAGUUUCUAUUUAAAGGAUAGUUUAAUGCCAAACACCAUACUAACACUCAUGUACAACAUCAUAUAAGUCAAGAGAAGAGACACAUUAAAUGGAGGUACAAACAAUGUCUUUAUGUACAAUCAGCUCCGUGGGACCUCCUGUGGUAUUUCAUAUUAAAACACAGUAAAUAUAAAAAUAAAAACCCAAGUUAUAAACUGUUCCAAGAUUGUCUGUAGCUGGUUAUGUUACUGACCAUUCAAUGGAGUUCACGAAAAUGGCAGGCAGUUUCUUUUUAUUUUAUUUUCCCUCUUUUUCUUCUGCAAGAGUGUUGCCAAUCUGCGCUUUCAUACUGAAUAUUUAGUGUGUUUGCAUCCAUCCUUCUCAUGUUAUGAUCCAUAUGUAAAAAAUUACAAAGAUCUGACUGUUAAUGUUGCUUACAUAUUGAUUCCCACUGUGAAACACACUUUACAGCAUUUAGGGAGAUGGGUAUCUUCCCAUCCAACCUUACCUACAUUAUCUACAGUGCCAAAUCCAGUUUUAUUAAACAAACUACAGAGGGGAAAAGGAAAUAAAAAUCCUAAGUUUACUUUCGUCUUUUAAGGAAAUACAACAUUCACAUUUGUAUUUCAGCAAGAAAUACAAACUGCUAGCUAUGAUAGACUGUGACUGAAGGAAUUAUUGCUUGCUUGUUUUGUUAAUCGUUAAAACUGUACACAAGUCACAUAGCUGACAUUCACGUAUAGACCUAUCAUACGUCAGUCAGUGUUCGUCGUCAACACUGGGCAUAAAAAACAAAACUCCUACACUUUUUUUUAUAGGUGAUACAUUGUGAGACCACUGAACCAGUCAUACAGAUUCUGACGAUUUGGUAAAGUCUAAAUAGAAGAAAAGGGUGAUAGCACUGUUAGACUUCAGUACUUUGAAAAACAGACAUAUACUUCUGUAAAAAGGAGAAAUUGCUGCUCAGUUACAUUCAAUCAUCUUAAAACCACAAGUGACACCGAUGCCAAAGAUGCACAGAAAGGGUUUGAACGCAUAUAAAAUGGGUAGUUUUUCUACUAAACAAAGACUUUAGGGACAACACAUUUAACAGACCACAUAGGAAAAAAGGUCUCUAAUUAACAUCCUUUGGUAAAAAACAGUUAUAAGUUUUCAUUUUCUUAAUAAACUUCUCUGCAACCUCUA